GAUUUUUUUAUUCUCAUGGAUGAAUUCCCAGAAACGGUGUUACUUGAUCAAAGGAGUUGAACGUUUUUAAGGUCCUUGAAAAAUAUUGACUGUUGCCUCUCAGUAGUGGUCUAUCAUUAUGUAUUACCAUUAGCCAUGUGUGUUAAGUAGUGGCUCCAUGACUAUAGCCAGAUUAUUAUAAUUCAAAAAAUGUGCAGUUGAUCUUAUAGGUAGAGGAUCAGCCCUAUCAUCUUCCACGUGAGUAAAUCAGGGUGCAGAGUGCUCAGGAGGUGGGUCAAGGUCACAGAGCUGGCUACGGCCAGUGUCCUGGCUCCCAGGAAGAGAGAGCUGGCACCUUUCCACGUGAAUUCACACCAAAGCACAGGUGACUGGACGUGGUUCUUUGGACAAUUUUCACAUAAAUUUAACUGGGCCAAAAUGAGCAAUUGUAUUUCGCUGCAGAGAAAAGUCACACCAAAUUGCUAAUUUAGUAGUUAUGGAGACAUCCACUCAGUAAAUAUUUACUUUCCACAUGUAGCCCAUAAUACCAGGUAGUGGAUAUGACAUGGACAUAAAAUCCUUCCUGUUCCAGAAAAGCUUCUAGUAGAGCAGAGAUCCCUCUCACCCAGUCACCCCGGCUUUCUCCCAGGCAUGAGUUUGGAGCAUCAGGUAGAUUGUGCUGACCUAUUUUCAUGGGACACGUCCUCUGUGCCGGGGCCUUUGGAUGCAAGUGUGAGAAAAGCCAAUGAAAACCAGCCUCCUCGAGGAAAGGACGGCAGAGGAUAAACGAGAUAAGUAAGAUAAGCCGCAGACAGUGAUGGGCUCUGAGGAAGAGGAAGGUGGGUGCAGGUGGGGCUUGAGGGCUUUGCAUUUCACCUGCACUGCUGGGGAGUGGUCAGAAGCUUUCAAGCAGGAGAGACCUGAUGAAACAGUGUCCUGUCCUGCAGACACGUGAGGCUGCUGCGGAGCCCGGAGAAACAGCCCCUCGGCUCCCAUCCCUCAUCGUCUCUGCGCAGGUGCGAGCGGACUUGGAGAUGAGAUCUGGGUGCCCGUGGGCGAGGGUGUGUGUGGUCUUCCAUGGCCCUGGAGCACCUGAGCCUGCUCCUUUCUGGAAUGUCAGGAAGCAUGCAGACGGCCCUUGAUGCAUCAGAGGCCUGUAAUAACCUGUGAAAGAGGAAAACGUUGGCUGGACAUAGCGGGUCCUAUUAUUUUGGGUGCUGUAAUUCUACACUGAUGAUUCUCAAGUGACCAAAGAGUUGUAUGUCUUUGAGAGAACGUAGUCCCUUUAGACCCAUUAUCAUGUCAACAACUUGGUCCUUCCCCGAAACAGACUUCUCCAUGUCUGUUCUCCGUGAAGGAAGGCUCCACGCACAGGAACACCAUGUGCCGCUCCGAGGAGUAAAACUCAGGUUUCAACACUGGGCUGGAAAUAAAUGCGCUUUCUAGACUCGCUUUCUUAUGGGUAUUCCCAGCAGGAAUGUUGCCCACCUUGCAAGCUGGCGUUUUCUUGAGAGUUAUCUGAAGUUGGCAUCUCUUUUUCCCUGCAGGAAAGGUUGCGUCAGUUUAUUUGAUUACAUCCAGUUCCCUCAUGGGUGGGCUUUGAACAAAGCUGCAUGUUCAGGAGACGGUGAAGUAGUUCUGCAGGCAGAGUGCUGACCCUGUUCGUCUGGGGCCUUCCUUCUGUCUUUGUGACUCUUCUCUAAAUUGAAGCUCUGUGUCUGCACCUGUGGGGCAUCAUCGUCACCAUGUCAGAACUAAUUUUGAGUAAGUUUUGUGGUUUUGAUAUUUAAUAGAGUCCGCAGUGUUGUCUAGCUAAAGGCUGGAGAGUGGGGACAGGCGGGGUAUUGGGACUCCCUAAUCUUGGCCACACCUCUGGACCCCUGGUCUUCAGUCCUGUCCAAGGACAUACUGAUGACCCAGCUUUCUUCACAAAGAGGUUAGGAAACCCAGUAGGGUGAUAGAUUGUUUCUCCUGAUUAUUAGAAAGUACAGACUCUGGCAUUGGGCCUGGGGAAGACAGAGGAGCUUUUUGUGACAUUAUGAUUCAUCAUCUCAUCAAGGAAGUGGCGCGCUGGAUUGAUUUCGGUAUCUUAGCCUAAAUGGACUGUCCUUAACCAUCAUGGGGCCAAAUGCCUCAUUUCAUAACUGAAGGACUCUCGGUGACGGAAAGGAUAUUUUCAUGUGCAAAACAUGACACUUUCAAAAUUCUUAGGUUAAAACAGCAGUGGCGUUUUUUCUCAGAGGGUGGCCUCUUGUCAUCUAAAGGUGGAACAGCCAGGUUAGCAAUUGGCUUUUGUGUGCAGUGGACGAGAGGAGAGGGGCCGUGAGUGGAGUUUUUGUGAGUGAAGGGGCCUCUCCAAGCCCCAGGGAAGACUCUGCCACCCCAUCAGCAAUCUGAGCAGUGGGUGCCUUGAGCGCGUUCGGUGGACCUAAGAGUAGUGGAAACGUUGGUGCGGGAAGAGAAUGUGGCUUUGGAAAGUCAGGAAGGGGGUGAGAAUUCUGGAUUUGCCAUCUGUUACCUUGAGACUUUGGCAAAUGUUUUAUUCUUCUUCAGCCUCUGCUGUUAUCUGUUAAAUGAAGAUAACUGAGCUGAUUUCCUUCUUUGAAGUGUUGAUUAUCGACUAUACAAUAGAAAGUGUUUUUGAAUAGAAGUUCAGAAACGUUGCAGGCAAUCACAAGGGCAUUCUGAGGUGCUAUUCAGCAUUGUUUGGUCAGAAAAUAGGUGUGUCCUCUUCACCCCAAUGAAAUAAGUAAUGCCCACUGAGGCUGGUAUUUUUUUUCCACCUAGUUAACUAGGCAGUAAAGGAAAGAACUACAUACAGCCAUAUUUUUCUGAGUAGGUUUUUUUAAACUGUCGGAUGGUAAUACUGACUCUUCUCAUGGAACUUACUUUCGAGGGGGAAGAAAACAAUACAUAAAUAAAGAAGUGCAUGUAGAAAAGGCCUGGGGUAACAUAAAGAGGGGCAGGGGACCGGAGGUGAUGGGAUGCAGGGGGUUUUAUGUAGGUGAUCAGAUGACUGAAAGAAGGUGAAAGAUGGGAUAGUCUGUAGGUCAUGGGCUUUGGAAAACAAAGAUUCGCGAUAUUAUUGUCAUAAUCAUCAUACCGAUGAAGUGACAUGGGAUUCUUUAGGCUUGUUCCAAGCUCUCGUUUUCUGAACACAGGGGUCCUUUAAUAGUUAUCAGACCAUUAUUACAAUGAGAAAAUAGCUGAGCCCCCAAGGGAUAGAGUGAUGUGGAUUCUGCCCAGCUCGGGGCACAGCGGGUUAUAAUUUAUUGGUGAUUGAAAGUGAACUCUGAGUAUACCCAAAGGUAUAAAUGAGAGUUUGGAGAUAGCAUAGGGAAGAUACUUGUCAUAGAAGUGUUACAGGGUCCAAGGCAGGGGACACCACUCCUGCUCUGCACAUGGGAUUUGCAUGUCUCUCCCACGCCUGUGCUGGCAGGUGUCAGAGGUUACUGCUUCCAGAUCUAAAGACAUGGGGACUGAGUGUGGCUCACACCACGAGGUGAUUGCACUUUUAUGUGUCUGGUCCCUGUGUGAGCAGUCACCUCAUGGUCUGCUCCAAAUAGGAGAAGCGGGAUUUAAAGCUUCCUGUUUGCUUUCCCACAAGAAGUCUCCUGGAUGCUGAGGGUGUGCGCUGGACCUUCUGACUUGCGCCUGCUGUGGUCUUUCUAGGACAAAUCCUUAGGAGCCCUUGGGUCUCAAUGAACUAGAGCACAAAGGAUGGGGCACUUAGAGCUGUCUUGUCCAGGCAGUGUCCAGCCUUUGGCUGUCAUACAUGCGGAAGCAGAGAAAAGGCCCAAACCUCUAGUUCUUUCACUUCCUUUCUUCGAACCUCAGGCUUUGGAGAGUUGCUCACGGUUACGGGUGUUUAAAGUGACAUUUCCAGGAUGCUGUUGUCAGGCCCUGGCCUUGGUCCUGACCUUGGGCCUGCUCUCCUGGAGGACUUCUUGUAGGGAUUUCCUGUCUCUGAGCCUCACCCAGGAGUCCUAGUUGGCUCCACCCACGGAAUCCAGGAUGCCGGCCUGUAAAUCAGGAGCUGGCAGACUUUUCCGCGCAGGGCCAGGGAGUGAGUGUUGUAGGCUUUGCUCGCCCACAUUUCUUUGCUUGUGUUUUUCUUUGCCUUAUAAUCUCUCAAAAUGCAAAAAGACAUUCUUAGCUUGAAGGUUGUACAAAGAAAAGGCCUGGCCCUGGUUCGCAGACUCUGCUCUUCACUUGGAGGGCUUCUGCCCCUUGCAGAGCCUGCCUUGCCUGCUGGUAACGUGUACCCACCGUGUCUGCUUCCUGGGAAAGCGGUUGAGCUGGGCUCAGAGGGGCUCGUUGAGAUCCUGCAGCCGGCGACUGCUCUACCAUGACCACAGCACGGUGCCGGCCCACCUGGGACCUGGCCCUGGACCCGCUGGUGUCCUGCAAGCUGUGUCUCGGGGAGUACCCAGUGGAGAAGAUGACGACCAUUGCCCAGUGCCAAUGCAUCUUCUGUACCCUGUGCCUGAAACAGUAUGUGGAACUCUUGAUCAAAGAAGGAUUAGAAACUGCAAUUAGCUGCCCUGAUGCUGCCUGCCCCAAACAGGGCCACCUACAGGAGAACGAGAUCGAGUGUAUGGUUGCAGCUGAAAUCAUGCAAAAAUACAAAAAGCUACAAUUUGAAAGAGAGGUGCUCCUGGACCCCUGUCGGACUUGGUGCCCGGCAUCCACCUGCCAGGCUGUGUGCCAGCUCCAGGAGAUGGGGCUGCAGACCCCGCAGCUGGUGCAGUGCAAAGCCUGCGACACGGAAUUCUGCUCCGCCUGCAAAGCCAGCUGGCACCCUGGCCAGGGCUGCCCGGAGACCAUGCCCAUCACCUUCCUUCCCGGGGAGACCAGCAGCUCCACUUUCCAACUGGAGGAGGACGACGCGCCCAUCAAACGUUGCCCCAAGUGCAAGGUCUACAUCGAGCGGGAUGAAGGGUGCGCACAGAUGAUGUGUAAGAACUGCAAGCACGCCUUCUGCUGGUACUGCCUCGAGUCCCUGGACGAUGACUUCCUUCUGAUCCAUUAUGAUAAAGGGCCCUGCAGGAACAAGCUGGGUCAUUCCAGGGCAUCUGUCAUCUGGCAUCGGACACAGGCAGGUGGGACCAGCGCUUGUGACCACGGCAGGGAGGGGACGUCGUGUCAGCCCUCUGUGUGCAUUCCUAGAGCCCACGGCCCCCCGGGACUGCAAGGCUAUGUCUGCCUCACUUCGGUUUCCGUCCUGGCGGCCCCACCGAACUCGCAGCUUCGUGCCUACCUGGCUGCCGGCCAUCUCCACUUGGACGUCUAACGGUUGUGGGCAUUUUUGCUGGAUUCGGGCUUCUGCUCCUGGUGGCCUCGCCUUUCCUGCUCCUGGCCACGCCGUUUGUGCUUUGCUGCAAGUGCAAGUGCGGUAAAGGCGACGACGACCCCCUACCCACCUA